AUGAACAAACCCAUUCGUUAUUACUCCAAUAGUCAAUAGAAUCUCAUUAAAAUUAAUUAUCCAAUAUAGCAAAACUUUAGACCAUUUAAUUAAAAUAGGAAUAGAUUUUAACAACAAGAUGAAAUUUAUUACAUUUAAAAUGACUUUUAAAAUUAUGAAAGAAAAAUAAAUUAAGAUCAUUAAUAAAUUGAAUAAAACAGAACAAACUUUUAAAAUAAUAAAUAUGUUUAGGAUAUUAGUAGAAAUUUUCCUAAUAAUAAUGACAAUAAUAAUGAUAAUAAUAAUAAUGAUAAUAAUGACAAUAAUAAUGAUAUUAAUGAUAAUAAUAAUGAUAAUUCAAAUUCCUAAGAAAUAUAAAGGCUUGAAUAGAAUAAAUAAUUAUCCAUAGCAAUUGAUUUAUUCACUGUUUUAAAAUUACUUAUUGCUCUCAUAUUAAUAACUAUUUUUUAUUAUAAUAGAAAUCUUUAAUAAUAUAUAAUUGAUGAAGAUACCUUUCAACCAAAUUUACUUAACUAAUAUUGCGUGAUCAUUCCUCUGGGAUUUUAUACAUAUUUUAUUAUUUUGGUCUACCGAUUUGAUCGAGUAUAAAGUUGAUAUUAGCAAAGGAUACCUUAGACAGUUUCCAUAAGACUGCAAUAGUAACUUACACUUUGAUAUUUGAAUAUUUUAUUCUUAGUUAUGGCAUAUUUCUGUAUACAACACUGAAUUAAGGAUGUAAGCUAUAUUUUAUAAUUAAAUAAUUAGUCAUUUACAUUUAAAUCUCUUUAAGUCAUAUUAUUUUGACCCUAUUAGUAUUUAUUGUAAGGCCAAGAUACAAUACUAGUCUAAGAAGUAUUAUUUUAUAAAUUAUUAGAAUGCCUUUCAAUUAUUAUUGUUUCAACGUUAUCAUUAGUACUUUUUAUGUCAAUUGUUUUUUAAGAUAAAUAUUUUUGGUGGAUAUUUGGGAUUCCUGUGAUGAUAUUUUUAUUGCUCAUCAAAAUGUUAGGACAAUUUUAUGUAAUUAGUAAAUGUCUAAAUAUUUUAGAUAAGAUUGAAUUUCAAUUAUGAAGCAUUGACUUACACAACUGUAAUUGCAUUUAAAUCCACAAUGGUUGUUCUCUGUUGGAUUAACAGCAUUAAAAAAAAAUUAUCAUGA